AUGACUUCUGGUACGAUUAUUCCUACCAUCUCUGAGGAGACAACAUUACAGCUACCGCCGUCAACGGACCACAGUAGUAACGACCAUGCAGUGUAUAUUGACGGUGAAGACGAUGACGAAGAUAAUGAGCACGUUCUCCAGAUAACAUUUGACCCCCAUGUUCGAGCAAACCGUCGACGAAAGUCGUCAAUAGUCAGUAUGGAGCGGCUCACGCUCAAUUCCACCAUUUACGGAGGCGGGGUAGGAGUAGGAGUAGGAGCAGUCGAAGCAGAAUUUUGUGCCAGUCGCUCCCGCAGUAGCUGCUUUAUUCAUUCUCACCUCGAAGCGUACCAAGAUACGGGUGAUAAUCGUGUCAAUGGCCCGCUCGAGUGCAACAGGAACAACCCGGUUGAAAGGAUCGUCGAGCAGAGUAUCCCGCCGUUUAUGAGCAAGUCAGAGCUCUCUGAUAUGGUCCUCGGGGUUGGGGAGCUGAGCAAGCGAUUCUCGAACAUGCGUAUCAAAAUCAAGGUUAAGACGGUAAUGAUCUUAACGAAGACUUACGAUAAAUCGCUUAUAAAGCACACAAGGAGGUUGGCAGAGUGGAUGCUAUCGCCCGAGAGGGGAAAGAGUUAUGUUGUCUAUAUCGAUAGCGUUUUUAAGGACACACCAGAGCUGGACAUCGCAGGGUUUUUUAAGCAGUAUCCGCAGUACAAAUCUCGUAUUCAUUGGUGGGAUGCAGAGCUCUGUGCAACGAAGCCUCACACAUUUGAUAUGGUGUUGACGUUGGGGGGUGAUGGCACAGUCUUAUAUGCAAGUUGGCUGUUCCAGAAGGUCGUCCCCCCGGUCUUCUCGUUCGCUCUAGGUUCAUUAGGGUUCUUGACGAAAUUUGAUUUCCAAGGAUUCCAGGAAACUCUUUCUAGCGCUAUCAAGGAUGGGGUCAUGGUUGGGUUAAGGUUGAGGUUCCAAGGGGCAAUCAUGCGGUGCAUUGAUAAAGCUGGGGUCGAAAACAAGGAUCGGGAUAUUACAGCAGAAAUUCUGGAUAGGGCAGUUAAUAGACAGUUGACACAUCGUUUAGAUGUGGUCUACACUGUCCUUAACGAGAUCGUGGUUGAUCGCGGACCAAACGCUACCAUGUCCGCCACAGAGCUUUAUGGCGAUGAUAUGCAUCUCACUACUGUCCAGGCAGACGGUGUAUGUAUUGCUACUCCAACUGGAUCUACUGCGUACAACCUUGCUGCUGGGGGAUCUCUUUGUUAUCCAGAGAUUCCAGCGAUGCUCGUUUCACCGAUUUGCGCACACAGUCUCACUUUCCGCCCUUUGAUACUCCCAGACUCCAUGGUUCUUCGUGUUGGUGUCCCUUACGAUGCCCGCACUACGGCUUGGGUCUCUUUUGAUGGGCGGCAAAGAAUUGAGUUGCAACAGGGUGAUUAUGUUAUGAUAACUGCUUCCCGAUUCCCAUUCCCCUCUGUCCAGAGCAAAGGUGAGAAUAAGGACUGGUUUGACUCUAUCCGACGUACCAUGAAUUGGGGCGUGAGAGCCAGACAAGAAGCUUUUACUUAG